AUGGCCGAAUCCUCCUCCGCCGCUUCGCGCAAUGCUGCGAAGGCAAACACUGCCGGCGCUCCUGCAGACUAUGAACUCCCUUGGGUCGAGAAGUACCGCCCUAUUUUCCUCGAUGAUAUCGUCGGCAACACCGAAACCGUGGAGCGGUUAAAGAUUAUUGCCAAAGAUGGAAAUAUGCCACACGUUAUUAUCUCCGGUAUGCCGGGAAUUGGAAAGACGACCUCGGUGCUCUGUCUGGCACGGCAGAUGUUGGGAGAUGCGUACAAAGAGGCUGUCCUUGAGCUGAAUGCUAGUGACGAGAGAGGUAUUGACGUGGUGCGGAACCGCAUCAAGGGGUUUGCUCAGAAGAAGGUGACCCUGCCCCAGGGUCGCCAUAAGCUCGUCAUUCUCGAUGAAGCGGACAGUAUGACGGCCGGUGCCCAACAAGCUCUGCGGCGUACGAUGGAAAUCUACUCGUCCACCACUCGAUUCGCUUUUGCUUGCAACCAGUCGAACAAGAUCAUCGAACCUAUUCAGUCCCGUUGCGCUAUCCUCCGUUAUGCUCGCUUGACAGAUGCUCAGGUUGUGAAGCGAUUGAUGCAGAUCUGUGAGGCGGAGAAGGUCCAGCAUUCUGAAGAUGGAAUUGCUGCUCUCGUUUUCAGUGCCGAGGGUGAUAUGCGUCAGGCUAUCAACAACUUGCAGAGUACCUCGUCGGGUUUUGGUUUUGUCAGCGGUGACAACGUUUUCCGUGUAGUUGAUAGCCCGCACCCUGUCAAGGUCCAGGCUAUGAUCAAGGCUUGCUGGGAAGGUAAGGUGGAUGUUGCGCUGGAGGGAUUGAACGAGCUAUGGUCUCUCGGUUACUCUUCUCACGAUAUUAUCAGUACCAUGUUCCGAGUCACAAAGACCAUCCCCACACUGUCCGAACACUCCAAACUGGAGUUCAUCCGCGAAAUUGGUUUUACACACAUGCGCAUUUUGGACGGUGUGCAAUCACUGCUCCAGCUGAGUGGCUGCGUGGCGAAGCUUUGCAAAAUUAACAUGAAGCCUGAGCUUUUCGAGCCUCCCAAGGCUUAG